AUGGCCCUAGACGUACCAGAUGGCACGCCCGACCGCGGGCAAGGCGUUGUGAUAUUGAGUAUCAUCCUUAUGGUCCUGAUAAUCCUGGCUACUGUCACGCGUAUUAUGAGCAAGGUUGUCGCGCACCAAAACUGGUGGUGGGAUGACCUGUUCGCAAUCCUCUCUGUGAUCUGCGAACUAGUCGUGCUAUCCCUGGUUCUAGUAUGGCGAAACAUCGGCUUGGGCUACCACAUGUCAGUCGUGGCGUCCAUUAACCCAGAAUACCUCAUCACCGGAUCCAAAUACCUCUUCAUCGCGAUAUUCUUCUUCGAUGCCUCAGUUUGCCUCCCCAAGAUCUCCGCGGCCUUCUUCUACGCACGUGUCUUCCGCUCCAACAACCGUGCCUUCCGUAUAAACCUCUGGAUCAUCGGUGCCCUCGUCUCCGGUUGGCUCAUCUCCGCCGAGAUCUCAACCAUCUUCCAGUGCAACCCCAUCGCCAAAGCCUGGAACAGCAGCCUACCAGGAACAUGUAUCAAACAGUACGACUGGUAUCUCUCGACUGCUAUCCUCUCCACCGUCAUCGACUUCUACAUCCUCAUCCUCCCGAUCCCCAUGAUCUGGUCCUUGAAAAUGAGCCUCCGCCGCCGCAUUUAUCUCCUCAUCUGCUUCUUCAUGACUUACUCCGUCAUCGUGCUGUCCCUGGGCCGUCUUGUCGCCGUGGUCAAUGUCGUCCCCAUCAUGCCAGCCGAUUUAACAUGGGAGUUCCCGCUGUACCUGUACUGGUCUGUCUUAGAGGGCUCGAUUUCCAUCGUCUCGAUUAGUGUUCCGAGUGGUAUCGCCCUGGUCAAAGCCAUUAUUCGACCAGAUGGGAGUUCCUGGGGGUCCAGCAAUGGGAGCAGUGGGAAGCGUGGGAGCUACGGAAACACCACUGUUAUUAAACCCGCCAGGGAACUGACGAUACGUACCUAUGGCGAUAGGGACAGCGAUGACCAUCUCGUCUCGGAUGUCGAGACUGCCAGAACAGUGAGUACGGAUGAUAUCGCCAACAUCCCGCUAGGUGGAAUCAAGAUCCGGACAGAUAUUCGAGUAAUGAAUCGCGAGAAAGACUAA